UAAUGAAAAAUUUCUCUGACUUUUUAUCUGAAAAUUUACAAUAAGGUAACAUAUUGAAACCAAAACCUGAUUUUUCAAAGUACCAUUUUUGGGGAUUGUACUUUUCUGCAAGUUGGUGUCCUCCUUGUAGAUAAUUCACAGGAAUGUUAAAAAAUUUCUAUGAAGAAAUAAAAAAGACAUAGAAUUUUGAAAUUAUUUUAGUUACUCAUGAUGAAAAUGAAAGAGAUUUUAUUAAAUAUUAUUAGAAAAUGCCAUGGCUAGCAAUUCCAUGGUCUGAAAAUAUUUCCAUAAAUUAAUUAACUAGAAUAUGCAAACCUUAAACAAUACCACAUUUAUGUAUUUUUGAUUAAGAUGGGAAUUAUGUUACAUGUGGAGCUAGAGAUGAUAUUGCUAUGUAUGGAAUGAAGGCUUGGAAUCAUUGGGAAGACAUUGCCGAAGAAAGAAAAAAAUAUAGAUAAAAAUGA